AAUGGCGUGGUUUUGUUCGGAUGCUUGUUUUAUACAUGGUUUGUUUCUAUCCCGGCGGCUUCUAAGGGGCAGGAGAUUGCGUGCAGGUGUUCUGCUCUAGUGGGGUUAUACUGCUGGAUCCAAGACGACUGGUUGUAAGCCUCACUGUCCCUUCGUCUUGCAUACUGACUGGACAAAUAGUAGAUAGUAGUAUUGAGUAAUAAUAGUAAGUAAUAGUAGUAUAUUUCGGAUGGAAAGACUCGUUCAGACAAAGAGACUUAUUUAGACGGACAGACGUAGUUGAGAACAGAAGUUCUCAACUACGCCCUGAAUGGGCGUAGUUAAGGCAACGCCUGCCAAGGGCUGCACUCUUUCUGAAUAAUAGCCAUUGGGCGUUUCACUCAAUACUUUAAACAUUGCAUCCUCACUGACUCAAAGGACACCCGCAGCUCCAACAACACGAGCCAUCAGAGAACCAGCAAGAUCAUCCAGACAUGUUUGGAAAUAAUAAUGCAGGUAGCUGCCAUCCAUCUGGUUAUGACCUGGGCCCCGUGCCAGGGGCCGACCCAUGCCCAGGGGGCGAUCAGGAGGGCCUCGACCUGAGCUUACUUGAUUUUGGAAACGAUGGAAAAAAAGGCGACCGUCAGUGUGACAACCGUGGGUCUGAAGACGACGCCCGGGACAAAGGCCGUUGCCAUGAUGAUGACCGCCGGGAAAGAGACGGUCACCGCGGCGACAAGGACUGCGAUUCCGGUGAUCGUGACGCCGGCCGUCGCCGCGACGAUGACUGCCGUGAAAAGGGUGGUCGCCGCGACGACAAGCACUGCGAUUCCGGUGAUCGUGACGGCGGCCGUCGCCGCGACGAUGACUGCCGUGAAAAGGGUGGUCGCCGCGACGACAAGCACUGCGAUUCCGGUGACCGUGACGCCGGCGGUCGCCGCGACGAUGACUGCCGUGAAAAGGGUGGUCGCCGCGACGACAAGCAAUGCGAUUCCGGUGAUCGUGAUGCCGACCGUCGCCGCGACGAUGACUGCCGGGACAAAGAGGAUCGCCAUGGCGAUAGAGGAGGCAGAUGCAGCCCCAAACAGCGUGAUGGGAGCCACGAGCGCCACCGCAAAAACAGCAAGAGUCCGGACCACCGUCGCCGAGGCAGUAAAAGCCCUCGCCGUCGCCGAGGCAGCAAAAGCCCUCGCCGUCGCCAUGGUAGCAGCAGCGGCAGCGGCAGCGGCAGCGGCAGUAGUGGCAGUGAGAGCGACGGCAACCACGGGCGCAGACGUAAGCACAAGGGCCACAAGCAUGGGCAUGGGCACGGGCACGGGCACGGGCACGGGCACGGGCAUGGGGGUGGUAGGGGAAAGGGCCAUGGUCAUAAGCACUGCUAGAUGUUCCUCAUGAGUCCGAUCUACAGAACGCACAUUUGCACCAAACUAGAUGGUACAUACAUACAGUAAUGGAUGAUUGUAUGUAGAGUAGUUAUGUGGUUAUGGUACACCUUCCUAUUGGAUGAUGUCCUAAGGAAAAUUGUAACUGAAUGACAAUAAUAAUAAUAAAGUCAUAAUCUCCCCAUGCAUCAUCUCUUUUUUCA